AUGAUUUAUCCUUUAAUGCGACAUGACACCGAGAAUACGCAGUUUGGAGGAUUGUCGUCGAAGGAACCAGACUCUACUCAACCGCCUUUCUGGGCCAUCUCACUGAGAGCGGCUUUUGCCGAUAAGGUUCAACGUAGACCGUUCUUUACGCUUCGUCUCCGUUUCAGACAGGGCGAAGAGCAUAAAGAUGAUGCGCCUCUCUUGACGCAAGGACAACAAUGGGCACGUCGCGAAGCCUACUACGGCAUCGUAGACGAGACUAGACAUCCUCACCUCGUUGCAUGA